AUGAUAAGCAACUGGACAUUCUUAGCAUCAAAACAUGGAAAGACUGACAUGUUUAUCAUAAGAAAAAUAGAGCAUACUCAUACAUGUUCAUUGGACAUCACUUCUGGAGACCAUCCUCAAGCUACAAGCAACCUGGUUGGAAAGGUUAUAAAAAACAAGUUUGUAAACCCAAAAGAGAUUACACUCCAACAGAAAUUGUGGAUGACAUGGCAGAUGAUUUACAGUGUCUCUAUAUCUUACCAAAAAGCAUGGAGAGCUAGAGAAAAGGCAAUUGUGGAUGCUCGUCGCUGCCCACAAGAAUCAUACAGUGAGAUACCAUCAAUUUUAUACAUGAUGCAAAUAUCAAACCCAGGAACAAUCACAGACCUAGUAACAGAUGAAGAUAACAAAUUCAAAUAUCUAUACUUUGCAGUAGGUGCUUCAAUAAAAGGUUGGCAACCUUUGUACACCAAUAAUAGUCACAGAUGGAACCUUUUUGACAAACCAACAUGGAGGCACUUUGUUGAUAGCAAGUGCACAAAAUGCAAAUAG